GGAAACACGAUGCGAGAAGCGGGUGCUGAGGCAGCCAGAAGUUGCACACGGGAGCGGCAGCCUGCAAGCAAAGAACUGAGGGGAAGGCGCAGGGGCUCUGUGCCAUGCCUUUCUUUCGGUUGUAAGCAAAGGCGUCCGAGCACGUUGGAGCCGAUCUCGUUGGAGGAGGAAAGGCAGCGCUUGGCCUCGAGGGACGAUUAGAGCGACCCAUUCGUGCGUUCAUUGACAACCUCAGCAGCCCCCGAGCGCUCCCGGCUUGCAGGCGCACGAAGGGACCGAGCGGCUGCGGCUCGUCUCGCUCCCCCGGCUGCUGUCGAGGCCAAGUCCGAGUUCUCGCUGCCUGUCGGCGUUUCUGCUGCCUUCCGGAGCCCCCGCCGGCCCUGCGCAGCUUUCCCUCAUGCUAGAUACGCUCAGGCCCCCCGCUCCCCCCUUCGUGUCGGACAUGGCGAUCAGCAAGACGGUGGCGUGGCUGAACGAGCAGCUGGAGCUGGGCGCCGAGCGCCUGCUGCUCAUGGACUGCCGCCCGCAGGAACUGUACGAGUCGUCGCACAUCGAGUCGGCCAUCAACGUGGCCCUGCCGGGCAUCAUGCUGCGCCGCCUGCAGAAGGGCAACCUGCCCCUGCGCGCCCUCUUCGCCAGCGGCGAGGAGGAGCGCGAGAAAUUCGCCCGGCGCUGCGGGACCGACACCCUCGUCCUCUACGACGAGAGCAGCAGCGACUGGAACGAGAACACGGCCGGCGACUCCGUCCUGGGCUUGCUGCUCAAGCGCCUGAAAGACGACGGCUGCAGGGCCUUCUAUCUGGAAGGUGGUUUCAGCAAGUUCCAGGCAGAGUAUGCCCUCCACUGCGAAACUAACCUCGACAGUUCCUGCAGCAGCAGCUCUCCCCCUUUGCCAGUCCUGGGCUUAGGUGGCCUCCGAAUCAGCUCAGAUUCCUCUUCAGACAUUGAGUCUGACAUUGAUCGCGAUCCUAACAGUGCCACUGACUCUGACGGCAGCCCCCUGUCCAACAACCAGCCUUCUUUCCCAGUGGAGAUCCUUCCUUAUCUCUACCUGGGCUGUGCCAAGGAUUCCACUAACUUGGAUGUUUUAGAAGAGUUUGGCAUUAAAUAUAUCUUGAAUGUCACCCCCAACCUGCCUAACCUCUUUGAGAAUGCUGGCGAGUUCAAAUACAAGCAAAUCCCCAUCUCUGACCACUGGAGCCAAAACUUGUCUCAGUUCUUUCCUGAGGCCAUCUCUUUUAUAGAUGAAGCUCGGGGGAAAAAUUGUGGGGUGUUAGUGCACUGCCUGGCAGGGAUCAGUCGCUCAGUCACAGUGACAGUUGCAUAUCUUAUGCAGAAGCUCAACUUGUCCAUGAAUGAUGCCUAUGACAUUGUCAAGAUGAAGAAAUCCAACAUCUCCCCAAACUUCAAUUUCAUGGGGCAGCUGCUAGACUUUGAGAGGACUCUGGGGCUGAACAGCCCCUGUGACAACCGCGUGCCCAGCCAGCAACUGUAUUUCACCACUCCUUCCAACCAAAAUGUCUUCCAAGUGGACUCCCUGCAGUCCACGUGAACUCCAGCCAGUCCUCACCUCUUCCAAGCAUGGGUCAUGUGAUCAUUCCUCAAUGCUUCUCAUUGACAGCAGCAAAGAAACAGCAGCUUUCUCCUGUGGGCCCUGCUAUUGAUCGGUGGCCGCCUGUGUGCUUAUUAUGAUAAAAAGGUUACAAUGUUUGGAAUCAGCUAUUGCAAAUGGAGGGAACUUUAUGUGUUCGGUGUACACACACCUAUGCAGUGUGUUGGACUGCGGAUUCCAAACACAGGUAGGGGAGAAUGGAUCCCACAAGCACAUUGUCCUCUAAUGAGACUGGGAGAAAUGUAUUACUUGCAGUUGUAAUAUACAUUGUUGUCUUCAGUGAAGACUGUUUCUCUUUGUUUCCCCCCCCUUUCAUAUUUUGAUUUAGAGGAGCCAAAGAGAGAGGUUUUCAGCUCAGUGUAUUUGGAAUGCUUGUUUGCCAGUGCUUGGCUUAAUCAAUGUAAAUGUUUAAUCUUGAUUCAAUAAGCAACAUCAUUUUUUAAAGACAGGUACAUGAGGUCACCCUAAAAGAUGCCCUCUUUCUUCCCUCUUCAGCAGUUCUUUAUUUCUGGAGUGCAAAGGACACAUUUGUGACAAUGCUUAAUUUUACCACUGAAAUGUCAGGCUUUGUUCCUUGAAUGUCUGUGCUUUUGAGGUUGGUCUGUUCACAUUUUGUGAAUGGAUAAAGUCUAUAUUUUGUGUAUUUUUUUCUUUUGGGGUGUGCCAUCAAUUUAGGUUCUCAUUCUGUUUUUUUUUUUUUUGCGCCUUACCUUUGUAAAUAGCUUAGCGUUUCUUUUGGAAGAGAGUUAUGUCUUCAAAGAGAAGAUUGUUUUUUGUCCAAUUUUUAAAAGACACACAGAGAUGUGCUAAACAGUGCAUUACCUCUGUACAAACUCUUCAGGGAGCUUCACCUCAAAUGCAAUAUUUUGCAUUUAUUUUUGUAAAAAAAAACUGGAAGUGUGUGUGUGUGUGAGCAUGUGUACCUGUGUAUAUGCAAGAGCUUCUUGCACACAGUUGUCAAUAAGGGAGAGUAUAAUUUGCCGAUGUAAAGUUGGGAUUUUAUUCUAAGAAU